UAAUUACUAGUAAGUAAUCCAGUGGUGAUUUAGUUGGCCAUAUUUGACAUUUUCUCAUUAUUUCAAGUUUUAAACACAUGAAGCAUUAGGUUAGAUACUAGCACUUGUUCCAGAGAAGAUGGUAGGCCUAUCCAUUCAAUUAGUCACUAGAAUUAUUACUUUGCUACUAGUCACUUUCCCAAUAGUUUAUUUACUUGUUAUUGUUGGUAAGCUGCGAAUUAUGCUAUAGAAUAAUAUUAACUAACUAUUCACUUCAGACAAAGAUGUACCUAUUCCAGUCUUAUUAGUACUUUUAUUAGUAGACUACUUUGUCUUAUUAAGAUUAGUACUAGUAGCCGACCUUUUAAUCCAUCUAUACCAAAGUAGUUAGUAAAUCUUCCUUAAAUAGGUUACUAGUCUGUAUGGUGAAACAUUUCCAGUUAACAUAAAGACGCAAAUAAAUAGAAAACAUUUUGCUGCUUCAGUUAUAUAAUAUAUUUUGAUUUAUACAUCACUCAUAUAUAAUAUUAACUGCCGUAUUUUCAUAAUUAAGGCCACAUGAAUUGUCAAAUGAUAUUCGGGCUAUUAAUAGAAAAGCUAAAACAAAAGUAAAGACAGACAUGCCUUAUCUUCCAAUAAGUAACAACCCUAUAAAAAUGUAAAUUAAUUAUAUCAGAAUGCCCAAAUCUUGUUGUUUUAUGAGACGCUUACUGGGACAAUGCGCGACCACGAGUGGUCAGACAGGCGGUGGCGCGCAUAGUUGGAGCACGCGGUACGAGCGAGCGAGCGCGCGCGCGUCUCUGUCGUUAACCGAAAAAGGAGAGACGAUCGUGCUCGAUUGAACUACCACGAACGUCGCAGCGACGGACGUUGCUUUGUAAAUUAUGUAAAAUAAAGAGAUGCAUCACGCUAUACACCUGUGAAUACGUUGAUGUUACGUUCACCGGCGGAAAGGCGUGCUAAUAAUCUCGCGGAAAAGAACAACAAUAUGUUUUUUAACAGAUGAUGUGUCCGGGAAGAUUUGAAGGAUUUAAAGACGCCGCUCAAACAAGAGAACCAAACGCUCGUAUAAGAAAAGGAGUAAACACCGGCAACGUUACACGACAAAUUACGCUUAUAUCCAACGAGAUGCUGACGAGCUGUUGAGUCUUUGACAGAUAACGUUAAAUUGGAGAAAGCGAGAUCUUUCGACGAGCUGCUUCAGUUUUAAUAACGACAGAGGAUGCAGCACACCGGAUACACCUGAAAAUCUCCCCUCACUCUCCUGUGAAUCAGUCACCUCUGAGCCAGCCAUAAGAAACUCUUAUGUAGGAAAUGGAGAUAAGGAAAGUACACAGCAAAAACUGAAUUAACUUGCACGGAUAUACUAAAAAAAACAAGCACCCUCUGAUACUCCUGUGAACUCAAGGGAACGCGGAAGAUAAGAGAGUAAUUCUUGUCGCUGACAGCUGGCAACACUGGAAGGACGGCUGAGGAACUUCAUAAGAGGGUGAGAGGGUGAUCACUGAGUGAGAGAGACGGGGACUGACAGAGAGCCAGAGUGCAGGAGGGGGCGGCGGAGGAGGAGUGGGAAAGGUCAAUCGCCAUGGCGACGGACCCAGGAGAGCCCACUGCCACGGAGGAGUCCUCUGGAGAGAAACCUGAUGGAGAGAGGGAGGAGGAGAAUGACCAGGGGAACAGGGCUGCCCGUGAGAGAGAGAGGAUGCACAGCACGCCGUCUGACUUCCCCUCCUCCCAGACACAGGAAAAGAGAGCGUGGUGCGCAGGAGGAGGAGGAGGCGGAGUGGAGGACAGUAAAGAAAUGGAUGAACCGGUCAGACCUCUGACCUUCUUCAUGCCCUCCUCCCCAGCAGCACAAGAACCGUGCAGGAAACGGGAGAACAAGCGUUUUUUCCGAAAGAGCGUGGAGAUAUGCGAAGAGGACGAUGAGGUGGAAGAAACCCACGACGCCCCUCACAGCGCCCCUCACCUCGAGUUUUGUGCCUCUGACUCUGUUUUCACCAGCGGAGCCCAGCAGUUACCCGCCAGUGCCUCGGCUGCCUUGGGUGAGGAUGGCACUCAAGGCACACAGGAUCCUGAUAAGACCGGCCUUUCGGCGGCCACUCUAAAGGGGAAGGAGAGAGAUAGAGAACAGGAAGAAGAGGCUGAGAUGAAGGCCGUCGCCACUUCGCCCGGUGGCCGUUUUCUAAAAUUUGACAUCGAACUUGGCAGGGGAGCGUUCAAAACUGUUUACAAAGGCUUAGACACGGAAACCUGGGUGGAAGUUGCCUGGUGUGAACUGCAGGAUCGAAAGCUGACCAAGGCGGAGCAGCAGCGGUUUAAAGAGGAGGCUGAAAUGCUGAAGGGUCUACAGCACCCCAACAUUGUGCGUUUCUAUGACUCCUGGGAGUCUGUUCUUAGAGGCAAGAAGUGCAUCGUCCUAGUGACUGAGCUCAUGACCUCGGGAACACUCAAAACGUACCUUAAGCGCUUUAAGGUGAUGAAGCCCAAGGUUCUACGCAGCUGGUGCAGGCAAAUCCUAAAGGGUCUUCAGUUCCUACAUACACGUACGCCACCCAUUGUGCACCGUGACCUCAAGUGUGACAAUAUCUUCAUCACAGGCCCGACUGGAUCAGUAAAGAUUGGUGACCUGGGCCUUGCCACCCUUAUGCGGACAUCAUUUGCCAAGAGUGUCAUAGGUACUCCGGAGUUCAUGGCCCCAGAGAUGUACGAGGAGCACUAUGACGAGUCAGUAGAUGUCUAUGCCUUUGGCAUGUGCAUGCUAGAAAUGGCUACAUCAGAGUACCCAUAUUCAGAAUGCCAAAAUGCUGCACAGAUCUACCGCAAAGUCACCAGUGGUAUCAAGCCUGCCAGUUUUGACAAAGUAAAUGACCCUGAGGUAAAAGAAAUCAUUGAGGGCUGUAUUCGCCAAAACCGAUUAGAGCGGCUCUCAGUGAAGGACCUUCUAAAUCAUGCCUUCUUUGCGGAGGAUACCGGUGUGCGUGUGGAGCUUGCAGAGGAAGAUACUGGCUGCAAAGACUGCUUGGCCCUGCGCAUCUGGGUUGAAGAGCCAAAGAAACUCAAAGGCAAGCACAAGGACAAUGAGGCCAUCGAGUUCAGCUAUGACCUGGAGAAUGACAGUGCCGAAGAAGUUGCACUGGAGAUGGUGAAGUCUGGCUUUUUCCACGAAAGUGAUGCUAAGGUGGUGGGGAAGUCCAUCAGAGACAGGGUGACUCUUAUUAAGAAGUCCCGUGAACGGCGACAACAGCAACUCCUUCAGCAGCAACAACAACAAAGUCUUGAUGAGCGCCGUGACUCCUCGGUCCUUACCUCCUCUUUUUCCUAUGUCCAUCCUUCCUGCACCACCUCCUCACAGGGCACAGGAGCUGCUGCAGCUUCUGCAGCUGCUGGGGUUCAGGGAGAGGCAGAGGAGCUGCCAGAAGUGGACCAACAUGUCCAACAGCAAGGGACUGCAUUGGGCUUCACAGAGGGUGAGAGUCUUCCUGCUGUCAGUGGACAAAGCCAAGCCUUUUCUGUACCCGAGUCAGGGAACCGUGCUCAUGCUCAAACCAGUUACCCCACUGGCACAUCUGGAGUGAAAGGAGCAGGGGUUAUAUCUCACCCCCAGCUGCUCGCUAUUGGUCAGAGCGGAGGGGUUCCAAAUGUGCCUGUUGGCCAGAAUGGUGGGAUGUCUGGCAUUUCCAUUGGCCAAAGUGGUGGUGGGGCUCCUAACAUUCCUGUGGCACAGACUUUCAUUCAACCAGUCACUAUGGCAUCACAGGUCCCAUUAAGUGUGCCUCAACAAUAUUCUCAGCCCCUUCCACCAUACUCAACAGAUGUUACAUCCUCGCAAAUGUUACACUCCCGACCCGCUGAUGCUUCCACUCCCCACGGUUCUCUUGUACAGUCGCAGUCAUACAUCCCCCCAAUAUCACCCCAGGCACCCAUGACUGUCCUCACUUCCUCCAUCCCAGCUGGAGAACCCAUAGCAUCAGCAGGCAACAACAUGCCACCCAUGCAGACCCAAACUAGUAUUGCUCCUGUUCAACCCACUGAUGUUUUGCCCAAGCAAGCUAUUGUUCAGACGCAACAGCAGGUGAUGUCAGAAUUGCCCGCAACGUUGCAACUGAACAUCCAGCAAGCAACACCACAAAAGCAGGCAAAUAUAAUGCAGCAGCACCAGACUGUGUUGUUGCCACAGCAGACGGACCAGGUUCAACAAAUGGCUGUUUUGUUACAACAGCCACAGAAUAUAGAACAACCCCAGGUGGUUCUGCAGGAACAGCCACCACAUUCCAGUGCAUCUCAGCAGCCAUAUAUCCCAUUGCCACAGCAGAAACAGCCAACAAUAACCAAUCCACAGCAAAGUGAGCUACAACAGCAGGUGUACAUACAACAACCUCCAAGCAAACCCCAGCAGCAAGUUGUGAUACAGCAGCAAGUUCAGCAACAUCAGCUGUCCGUACAACAAUCCUCAGUAGAACAAUAUCAACACCAGACUCAGCAACAACAGGCACAGCAAGUUUAUGUGCAACAAAUAGCCGAAUCACAAGAGCAGAACAUGAUAAAAACCAUAGUACAACAGCCACCGGUACUUCAAACAAUCCAGCAGCCAUUGCAAUUGAUGGAGCAACAACAACAGCAACUUCUGAUUAGGCAACAGAUUGAGCAGCAACAGAAGGCUGUUUUGCAAAAUCAAAUGGAGCAACAACAUCAACAGCAAGUUUAUAUUCAGCCACAACAACAACAAGUUGAGCAACAACAAAUUCUUCUGCAGCAACAACAAAACUUGGCAGUACAGCAACAAAUCGAGCAACAGCAGCAAGCAUUACAGCAACAAAAGCAAAUAGAACAGCAGCAAAAGGCCAUUUUACAGCAACAGGUGGAACAACAAAGACAACAGCAACAGGCUUUGUUUCAGCAACAGCAACUGGAGCAACAACAAGCAUUACUGCAGCAGCAGCAACGUGAACAACAACAGGCUCUUCUGCAGCAACAACAGUUGGAACAGCAAGCUUUGCUACAACAACAACAGCAACUCCAGUUAAAGCAGCAACAAGCGCUUUUACAUCAACAACAGUUGGAGCAGCAACAGCAGGCUUUGUUUAAACAGCAGCAACAACAGCAGCAGCAGCAAGCACUCAUUCAGCAGCAGCAAAAAUUAGAGCAAAAGGUACUGCUACAGCUGCAACAGCAGAAACACAUCGAACAGCAACAAACUUUAUUACGCCAACAGCAACAGCAGCCUCAGCAGAUAGAGCAACAUGUUUUACAGCAACAGCCGCAAAUACAGAAGCCGACAGAUCAACAAUUGCAGCAGCAGAUAUUCCAACAACAGACCGAGCAGCAACAACAGACAUUGCUACAACAGAGAGAGUCACAGAUGCAGCAACAUCUUCUGAUGCAACAACACCAGAUUGAAUUACAGCGACAACAAGCUCUACAAGCUGAGAAACAACUGCAUCAAGUUUUAUUGCAGCAGCAGCAUAUAGAGCAACAUGCAGCUCUGGUAGAUCAGGCAAACCUAGGGAAAACACAGCCUCCAGAGAUGGUCCAGCAGAUUAGUCAAAUGCAGCACUCUCAACAAAUAAUGUCCCCUCAACCUCAUCUUUCUCAAAAACAGACUGAGCAGCAACAGGUCUUGAUUCAGCAACAACAAGCCAUCCUUCCCCAGGCAUCACAUAGACCUUCUCUGGUAGAGUUACAAGUUCCAACCCUGGUUCAGGCUGUACCAAAAAUGGUUAGUGCUCAAAUACCUAGUCAAGUUCCAGCCCCAGUACUCAUCCAGCAACAGAUACCACCUCAGAUGUCGGCCCAACCUUCAGCGCAAGUACAAAUCCAGAGUCAAGGGGACCCUGGAAUUUAUGGUCAGAUUCCCCUGCAGACUCAAAGUCAUCCUGCACCGCAGACAAUGGGAGGCCAUAUUCAAGCAGGCCAGCUGCAAGUUCCACAACCAACCCAACAAAUCACAUCUCCAACACAAGUUCCUACACCACAACCUAUUCAUUCUUUUGUCCCAACUUCAACACAAAUGGUCUCACAAGGGCAAACCCUUCCAUCCCAAACUCAGUUGGUACCACCUCAAGCUGCAGCUUCUCUCCAGUGUCAAGUCGUGGUAGGGUCACCUGCGCCUCUUGUGCAUCCUACAGUGCCGGCUGCUUCUACAAUUAUGCCCACACAAUUUGCUCAAGCACCUGUCGGUCCGCAAACCAUUCAGUCUGUUCAGCUAGACCUCACACAAUCUGUAAAACAACAACAACAACAACAGCCGCCUCUGCAGCAAUAUCAGCAAGCAGUACUGUCUCCAGUGUCACAUGCGCCUACCAUCAAUCCAAUGGCCACUUCAUCAAUGCAGCGCUAUUUACAACAGACAAACCAAUCACAAAUGCAGGCUUCUCAAGUCAUCCAAGCUCAGCAACAUCCAGUCAGUGUAGCAUCGAUGCAGGCGGUCUUGCAACCCAUGCCUCCAGUGCAACCUCAGGCUACCCAACAGCAUGAGCAGCAACUGCCUCAAGCCCACCAUGUGCAGCAACAGCAACCGCUCCACCAUCAGCAUCAGGCCCAACCUGUGCAGCAGCUUCUCCCACCUAAUGCUGUUUUAACACAAGAUCUCCACCAACAACCUUGUCAUCCUCAACCAGUGCUCCAACAUAUGCUCCCGAUACACAUUGCUCCCAGUCAGGUACCUCAGACCCAAGCAAGAACGGUACCUCUGUACAGUCAGGUGGUCUCAGGUCCACCACCCUCGCCCCAGAACCAGCAGAAACUUCCUGCUCAAAUGCACACACAGACUAACAUGCAGUCAAAAGCACACUCAACCGCACAGGCACAGACCCACAUAGAGGCUACUGGGAGUUUCGAGCAGCCUCAUUACUCCCAAGCUGCCUUUAUGCCAUCACAGAUCCCCCCAAGUCCAUCUCAUACUUCCCUACAGCCCUCUUCUGCUCUCCCAGCCCUACAACCAGCUGUCCCAGUUUCAGAAAUUCCUGUUCCAUCAGAGGCACAGCUAAACCAGCCAAGGCCUGCUGACAUGAUCCCUGAUUCCCAUCCUACUGUCAAUGCUUCACAGUCCCAUGACUCUAAUGGCUCUGUGUUGCCCACCACCUCGCUGGCAGAAAGUGAUGCUGCAUUGCUGGGCAUUGCUCAGGAGAGCCCACAUCAGUCUGCCAACAGGGGCUCUUCAUCAGGCUCUGUUCCUGCCAAUGGAGAUGAGGCCCAAUCGCUGUGGGCCAGUGGAAAACAAGAUAAGGUAAAAUCUCAGAGGAGAUCAUCUUGUCAAAAGACUGAAAAAACUCAUUUUCAACUCAGCAUGUUGCAGGUCUCAGGCACAGGGGACAACAUGGUAGAGUGUCAGUUGGAGACUCACAGCAACAAGAUGGUCACAUUCAAGUUUGACAUUGAGGGAGAUGCACCUGAAGACAUUGCGGAUUAUAUGGUGGAGGAGGAUUUUGUCCUUGAGCCUGAGAAAGAGAAAUUUGUUGAGGAGCUGAGAGCUAUAGUGAAGAAAGCUCAAGGAAUACUAAGCACUCAGUCACAGUCUGGGUCCUUGGAGCAACUCCAUGUGAGCACCCCAUCCAGUGCAACAGUGGAUUCAGCCCCUCAGUCUUCCCCUGUGGGUCGCUGGAGAUUCUUCAUUAACCAAACCAUUCGCCAUCGUGACUCACACUCCAACCAGGGAGCUUCCACUUCCCCACCAAUGGGAGAGAGCCGAGUUCCCAAGUCCAUAGAAACGGAGAAAGAUCAUGAAAGCCCUCAGCGCUCAGAGUCUUUUGCUGGGAUAGCAUCUUCCCCGAGUUCUUCAAUAUCUGCAUCCUCUCCUCCGGUGUCUACUGUAUCAGCCCCUGCGUCCAUGUCAGCCUCGGCCAUUGCUGCCCAAAAAGAUUUAACACCCUCUGCCUUGCCAACAGUAGAGCAAGUCCUCUCCUCUACCUUGACUGGAGGCUCAAUCGCUGUCAUGGCUUCCAGCACCUCUGCCGCUCCUUUCCAUGCAGUCGCAGCCCUCACAGGCUCCAAUGUGGACCAAGGAGAUGCUGCAGCUAAAGUUGAUGGUGAACAGCCCCUCUCUAACUUGUCUGCUUAUGGGACCCCUCCAGCAUCACUGGUGACCCACGCUGAUCCAUCACAACAGUUGCUAGCUCAAACCCAAAUGGCACCCUCACAAACACCAGAUAUACUUCAACAGACCCAGACACUACAGUUAGCAAUGGCCACCACCGAACAGGCUCAGCAACCACAGAUUAUGCCUCAUCCAGUGCUCCAGGUCGCUCCACAGCCACCUACACUCCAGCCUAGCGAGUCAAAAGCACUAUCACAGCCGAUACCAAAGGAGACAGUCUCUUUGCAGGGAGGCCUUCCAGCUGCCCAAGUUCAGCAGGUCCCUCACCAACAAGUACCAGUUGAUUCUCAACAGCCGGCAAUGCAACAGACCGCAUUCUUGCAGCAACACAGCCUUCAGCAAACAGCCAAUGCUGAGCAGAUCCAGCACCACACUGUAGAACAGUAUGUGUCUCAAGAAACCACACCGGCCCCAGCGAUGCUGACCAUGCAUCCACAGCAUUGCUUCCAGACCCAGGAUCCCCUACAGCUUCGAGCUCCAUUUCAGCCUGUAAUCCCGCAGCAGCUUCCCGCCGAGCAAACGCAGACAUUACUUCAGCAGGUACCGCAUGAUAUGGUGCCUAUGGCACAAACCGCGGUGCCUCCGGCUGUGCAGAAGCAGGCAUCUGUCCAGCAGUCAGAGUCUGAGCUGUCCACUGGUGAGGACACCGUCAGCCACUCCGCCCCACCCCAUCCCUCUUCGGACACCUCUCUCCCACCCCUCCAACUCUCUGAAACUGCUCUGCCCACCCUCUCCCAUACAUUCACACCCUCUCCAGCCCAGCCCUCCUCAGUUGCCGAGUCAGACAGCGAAGGCCCACCCAAAAUCGAGUUUGUGGACAACCGAAUCAAGACUUUGGAUGAGAAACUGAGGACUCUGCUGUAUCAGGAGCACAGCGGCAGCGGGGCAGCACUGGCAAGUGGCUCCACGGGCGGCCCUGGUCCUGCCCUCAACUCCACCUCGGGAUCUGCUGCGGCCUCCACUGCAGUUGAUGAGUCUUCAGAGCCCCCCUACGCAUUCUCCCCACCUCCUGUGACCUCCUCAGACACCUCCCCUCACUCCACCUCUUCCACUACCUCCUCCACCACCCCUCGUUCUUCCUCCAUCUCUCCGGAUGGAGAGCGGGAGAGAGCAGGCGAGGAGGAGACGAUCUCAUCUGCUGUGCAACAACAGCCUGCCUCAUCUUUCUCCUCUACAUCCCCUCCAUGCUCCCUCCUUUCCCCUCCACAGGAGCCCGGAUCUCCAAAAGUGCCCAGUGAAACAUCAGUAAGCGUAAGUGGGGCUCCGCCUUCCCUCUCUGAAAGCUGCACCCCUGGAGAUGUUCUGUUGCCUUCCUCUUCUCAAACGCCCAUCCCACUGUGGCCUGGACAGCAGCAGCAGCACAAUGAAGGAGGUGGAUAUUUUGGCCUAAACCUGACAUGUCCUAGUAUCAGAAAUCCUGUUAGCAAGAAAUCCUGGACUCGAAAAUUCAAAAGCUGGGCGUGCAAACUGCGCCACUCCGCCAGCUUGUUCAAGAAGCCCAGAGUCCAGCAAGAUGGCAACUUCAGCCAGGGGAUGGAGGAGGAGAGGGAGGCAUCUAAACACGACCAACCCUGCUCGCGCAGAGGGCGUUUCCAGGUGAUUCCAGUUUCCCAGUCCGCAGAGCCCCUUCCACCACAGGAAGCUGCACCAAGCCAAGCAGCCAUGCAAAGAAAAGUUGGCCGUUUCUCAGUUACACAGGCCGAACAAAGAGAGGAAAAUUUGACGGACAGCUCCCCUGUGUCCCCUGACCUGGAGCGAGAGAGGAGGAAAACGAAAGCGAAAGAUGGUGAGAAAGAGGAGAGGAGAACUACAGUACCCACCCAUCCACCGAGGAGUCACACACGCUCGCCCCUGGGCAGCAGCGACGAUGAGAGCGAGGUGGAGGAUGAAGAUUUGAGGAGAGAGCUCCACAAGCUGAGAGAGAAACACAUCAAAGAGGUGGUGUCCCUGCAGGCACAGCAGAACAGAGAGCUGCAGGAUUUGUACAGGCAGCUCCGCUCUCUUAAAGACCACAGACAUCCUCUGUCCAUGACCCUGCCCCGUACCUCUCCUUUGCCCGCCGCACCCCUCGCCAUCUCCCCACGCAGACCCCGACCCGCCAAAGCCAAGCUUCGGCCCCGACCCCAUUCUCACAUGGAUAACAACGGAGUCACACACCAAGGGAGUCUUCAGCAGACUAGUAGUUAUUCUGGUGGGGAGCAAAGCAGGCUUCACUCAUACUGCAAGCCUGAGAAAACCCCAUCACUGACCGCUAAUAGAGACCAGAGUCCUUCAGCCCAGGGUUCUGCCAAUAGAAAGAGCACAUUCACAGAUGAACUGCAUAAGCUUGUUGAUGAGUGGUCAAAAGAAGCUGUUUGCCCUGUUCAGCCUAAGCCUUCACUGAAUCAAAUCAAACAGAUCCAACAAGUGCAGGAGUUGGGCGGAUGGGGCCAGACUACUGAGCCAACAGCUUCAUCGGGUUGGUUUUCCGGGGGUCCAUUGAGUACUCCCGUAUCAGUCAACAUGUCUACAAUGACGUCCACCCCCUAUAGCACCAUCGGUGGGCAAACGCAGCCGCCUCCAACGCAAUUUCCCAUAGCUCCUCUACCCCAGCAGAAUGCACAUCUGCAGCCUCCCCUGCACCGUCAGCCCCUGCAGUACAGCCCCUCUCCCCUGCACCCGCAGCAGGUCCAGCUCCUGUCAGGAUCCCAGCCCCCGGUGUCUGGCGUGCCUCCCCCCAGCGCCUCCCCCUCGCUUAUGGCUGCAGCAGGGCCUCCGCUGCCCCCCGCCACCAGCAUCACAGCUGCCUCUGUCCCCGCCGCCACCGCCAAUCAAGACACCAUCUUCUGCUCGUCCUCCUCCUCCUCAUGCUCCUCUUCCUCCUGCUCCAACUCCACUCUGCCUUCAAGUGCCAAACUUCACUCCAAACCCUCCACGUCCACCCUUCCUUUAGGACAGCAGUGAGAUGAGGUCUGUUUGAGAAGACGGAGAGGAAUACCACUGAUGUACAUCCUGUACAGGAAGGACACUAGUAGCAAGUGGUUGCGUGUGUAUGGGUAUGGGGGUGUAUAAAUACUGUAGUGUGUGUAUUUGUGUGAGCGUGUGUUUGUGUUGCAUUUUUCAAAACAUAUCCUCUGUGUGUUUCCGCACCGUCAAGUUUUAUAUCUGACUUAGCUGGACCUGAACUUGCCCUAUAUAGAGACAUUUUUGACAUGAGAUAUGAUCCUCUUUGUUUUUAUUUAUCAGUGCUUCAAAUGAAAGGACUAUUUGAAUUUUAAAAAGUGCAAUUAGUAAUGAUAUUUAAAUUCUUUUCUGUGUUGUUGUGACGUGGGUCUGUAUAGCUUAAAAGAAAUAUUUUUUUAUAUAUACGCACGGAAAAGACAACAACCAGACGUCAGCAGUGAUGCGCCAUCUUAAAAGAGCACAACGGAUUCAGCCGGUGGCGAGAUCAACCGCAUGUUCUAGCGCAGAGCAUGGUAACCCUGCAACCGUCAUCUUAGCUAUGAAAACAAUCGAAAACACUUGUUGUGCACGGAAUAAGGCAUGCUCCUCAUGUAUUAUAUUUUACAAUGAUAAAUAGCGGUAACGUUUUAGAUUUAGCCAAGAUUUUUUCUAGAAUAACAAAUAGCCAUUGACUAAUUCCUUUUACGAUCCUGCAAUUGAUUCUGAGAAGAAAACAGUUCUUCAGUUCAUUUGGUUUCAAAUGAAACUAGCUAAUAUGAUUGCAGUAUUUUUCUCUCUGUAUUUUUCUCUAGCAGACGUUCAUACUUUUAAGGUUUACACUAUUAACAUUAAUCCCAUGGUGAAGAGUGCAAGACUAGACGGCUGUUUGGAAAGCUCAAGUGAAGUGAACGCAGCUUGUUCUUGUUCUUGUCUAUUUUUGCACAGUCCCGUAUGAACGUGCUUCCGUGAACACCGAACUGUGAUCUGUGAACUGUGAGUUUGCUUUUCGUGAACGCAGCGCAUCAGCAAAACACUGGCAAAAAGAUGUAAUCCUCAUUGAAUCUGGCAUUUCAUCAGAUAUAGACAUACAUAACUGCCAAGCAAAUUUAUGACUGGAAGAACAUAGGUUGCCUUUUUACAGUGUAUUUUUCUACACUGAUCAUAAAGCUUAUAUGUGAUUCAUCUAGACCAAGAUAUCAAUGCCCAGCUAUGUAACAAGACUACUGAAGAUUUAUAAAGAGGUUGUCAGUCAGCAUUCAUAAACCUGCAAUGCCCAUAUAUAGAAUAUAGAAAACUGGCUGUUUUUAAUGUUUUGUUGAAAAAAGGAACUGAAGGUUGGUAUGAAAGAGGCAACCUGCGUUUUUCAACAAGUAGGUGAGAGAUAGACAGGAUGGAAUGUAUUGUGUUAAGGAACGGAUUCAUUUUGUGAAGCUCUUUAAAUUGUGCUAAUGCUAGAACUCGUGGAUGUUACAAAAAGAAGUCAACAAUGGCCGUUGCCUACAAAGAGUUGGGAUCACACAGUUUCCAGUAUUUUAUGUCCUUUUUCUAAAGACAAGACCCCACAGUAAACCAACAGUAUAGUGGUGAGCAUAAAGCUGUUGUGUCUAAGAAAACUCCAACAUAAGCCAUUUGAUCUGUACAAAUGGGAAAUGUAAAGAUAACCCUCUGCUGAAGUGUUACAAAAAUGUAAUCUAAAAAGAAAGCAUUAUUUUUGUAUUUUGAAAGGGGUUGUAAAAAUGUAAAAUUGUGUACUGAUCAGUGUUGAGAAAGCUGUGGUUAUCUGAUAAGACACAGGUCCUAAACGGUUUCUCGAGUUCCCCUGGCUUACAAAUUUACCCCAAACGUUUGUUCCAAUAUUUCAACAUGAUACAAAAUUUCGAGGGAUUUUAAUUCAGUGCAAGUGACUGGGAAUAUUUUAAGCCAAAUCAUUUCUACAGUGGUGUGACUUUUGGGUGAAGUUGUACAGUAAAACCAGGGGGACCCUAGAAUUACUUGACUGACCACCAAUAAUUAAAGGUUAUUUAAGUGAAAAUAAUCUAUAGAGGACUAAACUUAUUGCUGGUGAUUUAGCUACUGUAAAUUGUAACUAAUUCAACUGUUGAUUCUAUUUAUGUUUUGUAACUAAUCAAAAAUAAACAUCAAAUGUUAAACAUCAAA